AUGGCACUGAAACGGAUUCAGAAAGAAUUGCAAGAUCUGGGCAGAGAUCCACCGGCGCAGUGUAGUGCAGGACCAGUUGGUGAUGAUCUUUUUCACUGGCAGGCUACUAUAAUGGGUCCACCAGAAUCGCCAUAUCAGGGUGGUGUGUUUUUCCUGACAAUUCACUUUCCAACGGAUUAUCCAUUCAAGCCACCAAAGGUAGCGUUUACAACUCGCAUUUAUCACCCCAAUAUCAACAGUAAUGGUAGUAUCUGUUUAGAUAUUUUGCGUUCUCAAUGGUCACCUGCUCUCACAAUUUCAAAAGUAUUGUUGUCAAUCUGCUCAUUGUUGUGUGAUCCGAAUCCUGAUGAUCCACUGGUGCCUGAAAUUGCACGCAUUUACAAAACAGAUCGAGAACGGUACAAUCAACUAGCUCGUGAAUGGACCCAAAAAUACGCAAUGUGA